GCAUCGAUAGGGCGAUUUGGUUGAAGGCAAAAAGAGUCGGUGGCCGUAGUCCGUCAAUGUAGCUACGAAUUUUGCGUUUGUACUGAUUGAGGCCGUAAAUAUAUAUUUCGAACCUUUCGACAAAAGAGUUGGUAGAAGUGUAGGCCUGAAAAAAUAGCAUAUUUUGCAUAGAAAACGUCAACCGAAAGGAGGCUGGUUAUGGACGUUUGAAGAGGGGAGCAGCUACAGACCCAGAUAGCUAAACAAAUGUAAACAACCACUGGAUCAGCUGUGCAGACGGCGAACGGGGACGAAUCAGAAAGACGCAAAGAUGACAGCGAAAGCUACGUUUUAUUAACAAUAGUUUAUGAUUUAUGGAGUUAGCAUAUGUCUAUAAGUAGCUCUACACUUAAAUCUUUACCGCCAGGAACAAUUUGUUGCAAAGACACCUCCCUACCAGCAAGCUAACUAUUGCUUCCUUGGAGCUAACGUCAAUAGCGAGAUAGAUAGCUAGCGACGUUAAUGAACAAGCUGAAUGCGUUUUAGUCAGUUAUUCUUGUGGCACCAUUUUAAAAUAUGUUGUAUAUUUAGGUUACUACCUGUAGAGUCGAAAAUUGUACUAAAAGUUUAUUUGAAGUGCAGCAUUUGCCCCUAGGAGCGGAAUAUCUGGCAGCUAGCUGGAUAAAGCCUAGUUGACGUUGUUUGCUUUUGGUCAAAGUAAAUAGGCUACUCUCAGUUUGACCGUGAACUGAAGACAAAAGGUUUGCGGUCGUUUACGCCAGAAAAUCCAUCUAGAUUUUUCUGUUUUCAAUCACAAAUCUUAAUUUGCCCAAAGAGGGGUUGUCAUAAACCAGCAACUGAAGACAGGCAGAAGGAUUGUCAUGGCACACCAGCAGAUGCCCAGCUCUCAGAAGGCCCUGAUGCUGGAAUUAAAGUCCCUCCAGGAGGAGCCAGUGGAGGGCUUCCGCAUCACCCUUGUGGAGGAGUCUGACCUCUACAACUGGGAGGUUGCCAUCUUUGGUCCCCCCAACACACUGUAUGAAGGGGGUUACUUUAAGGCCCACAUCAAAUUCCCCAUUGAUUACCCCUACUCCCCUCCCACGUUCCGCUUUCUCACCAAGAUGUGGCACCCAAAUAUCUAUGAGAAUGGCGACGUGUGCAUCUCCAUCCUCCAUCCCCCCGUGGAUGACCCCCAGAGUGGAGAGCUGCCUUCUGAGAGGUGGAACCCCACACAGAAUGUCAGAACCAUCCUCCUCAGUGUGAUCUCUCUUCUGAAUGAGCCCAACACGUUCUCCCCAGCCAAUGUGGACGCCUCCGUCAUGUUUCGCAAAUGGAGAGACAGCAAGGGCAAAGAUAAAGAGUAUGCAGAGAUCAUCAGGAAACAGGUGCUGUCCACCAAAGCGGAGGCCGAGCGUGAUGGGGUGAAGGUGCCCACCACACUGGCCGAGUACUGCAUCCAGACCAAAGUGCCUUCCCAUGACAGCAGCUCUGACCUGCUCUACGACGACCUCUACGACGACGACAUCCAGGAGGAGGAUGACGAUGAGGAAGAGGCUGAGACAGGCGGAAUGGGCAGUGAGAUGGGUGCGGACUGCUUCGAUGAUGAGGACGACUCGGGCAACGAGGAGUCCUGAUGAUCCAGCCUCUCUCCACCCCACCCCCCCCCCCCCCCCCAACUCACCUUCUCUGCACCCAGCCACUCACACACACACACACACACAUAUAUACACACACAUACACACGCAAACACAUACACACACACACACAAACACACACAUUUCACACCCACACACCAUUUAAAGAAAAAACUUUUGCCCCUAAGUUCUAUGUUUGUCUGUGUGUCCGCGUUUUUUAGUUGGUCUUCAAUAGGAAUUCCUGUGGUGGUUGAUUCCUCUUCCUGUUUUUUUUUGUCAGUCCUUUUCAUACGCUCUUCUGUUACUCCUUUGUUUUUUACCAGUUGCCCCCAGAGGAAUGUGCUUCAGGGCUUCUGGUCUCUGAUAGCGUACUUGUGAAGGAGUUUGGAGAGAGAGCAUCGUCUCCAUGUAGUCCUCACCAUUUACUAGAUUGCUUUAUAGAGAGCGUUUUGGCACUUUUCUUGUCCAGGCGUCCCUUCAUGCUCCCCCCCCCCCCCCCCACCUCUACUCCUCAGGGCUUUUGGGUAUCUGCUGAUGCUUCACCCUCGCCCCAUGGUAUGUCAGCUGCCACCCUUGUCUCUCACCUUGAUUCUGUUUUUUGCCGCUUUUCUUUAGGGUUUUGUUAAGUGACUCCCAUUUCCCCCCCCCCCCUCCUCUCUGUCUCCUAGUCUUUCAUUCUCUCUGUCUUUGCUGUCUUGCCCUCAAAACAUCUUGCCUGCGUGUGCUGAAAUGAAUGAUGCAAAACGAUGGAAAAAAAGAGACAACCGUGAGUGAUGUGUGAGUGGAUGUCACUGGUGUCUGCUCCUGUCUGCCCUUCCUUGGCCCUCUCUGGCUCUCUCAGGCUCCUCUGUCUCUUUUCACAGCAUAGAGCUUUAAGCGUUCUCAUCCCUCCACCCCAUGUAUCCUGGUUGUGGCAUUCACUUACGUCUCUCAUUUCAUGUCAAAUGACAAAUGAGGUAAGUCUCCCUGCCAAGGAAGAGACCGAGGACAUGCUAACAGACAAACAAGGAAGAAGGAUUUCUUCUGUUUUUUUGGUUUUGUUUUUUGUUGUUUUUUUUUGUCUGUAUCAAGACCUCACAAGCGCAGUGUCUUGAUUUGGACUUCUCUCUCCAAUGAGAAGCUGGAACUGAGGAUGUACCUCUCCUUAACUGAUGUAGAUUGAGUUGACUGCCUUUGAGCUACUUGGUGUUCUUUGAGCCAGACACAUUUUCACCCGAAGCAAAAUGGAGUUGAUUUUUUUUUUCUCCCUCCCUCUCUUGUUUUUUUUUUUUUUGCGGAGUUGUUGGAGAUGCCCCAUAGUCAUUAGUGCAACUGCUCACAGGUGCUGCAAUGUUUUACUCUGAGAAAAGAAAAAAAACACUUGCCCUGACGACACGCAAGCACACUGGCUACUUGAACGCAAGACUCGCAAGAAUAAGAAUUCGGCGAGCCACAGACGUGCUUAGAGACAACAGUCUCUUUUGAUAGCCUUGCUACAUGACAGGGCUGAUAUCUCGUCUUGUCUUCUGAGUGUGUCACAAGCUACACAUGGCCUCAGAGGACCACACAGAACAGGACAGAAGUGCUUUUCUGUGAUCUCAUUGGUCAGGGGAAGACUUCUGCGCCCCUCGGCCAACUUAACAUUUGAUUCUUUUUCCUUUGUGUUUUUUUUCCCCUUCUUUUUUUUGGUUUGUUUGUUUUAUAUCAAUAUUUUAAUGAAAGCUGAAUUUGUUUUUCUGCCGCUUUGGGUCACAUACCUCUUCCUUUCAAUAUCCAAGGACAGAUUAAGGCAUUUGGGGGUGAGAUGUUGGACUCCACAAACCCUAAACCCUCCACAGUGUGGCUUGCUGAGGGCCUGUCAUUAAACCCAGCUUUCUGAAUAGUCAAUCACCUGAGGUAGGCUGGAGACAGUUUGCCACAAGAGCAUGCGAGUGCAUUGGGGUGUGAGUGUGUAUGUGAAUUUUGAUUGGUUUGUUUAACAUGUGACUCACCAAACCUGGACUGUUGGUGACACUCCUUGACAACAGGGCAAGAAACAAUGGACAACAACUGACGAGGCUCAAAAAUUGCCCACUUUGCCCUCUAACCAGCUGUAACUCUGAAUACAAAAAAAAAAUACAAAAAAUCACCGGACACUGCUGGGCCCUUUUCCUGGAUUUGUCUGCCACAACAGACCUCAGGAUUGGCUUUAGAGGAAUUGAUAAGCUACAGUCGCACAUCAGACACCAUCUUGAAAGAGCAGAAGAAGACGAAGUGGCUCAGGCCGGAAUGCUGAUUCUUCUUUGCACCAGGAGAAAGAAGAGUGGAAGCUUCUGACUUCUGAGAUGGAGCCUCUCCCUCCAGCCUUACAGACUGAAUGUCCAUUUGAAAAGAUCACCCUAAGAAGUGUUGUGAAAAAAAGUGGUCUACAGUGGCUUUGUUUUUUUUCCUGAGGAUUCUCUUAGGUGUGUGUGUGUGUGUGUGUGUGUGUGUGUGUGUGUGUGUGUGUGUGUGUGUGUGUGUGUGUGUGUGUGUGUGUGUGUGUGUGUGUGUGUGUGUGUGUGUGUGUGUGUGUGUGUGUGUGUGUGUGUGUGUGUGUGUGUGUGUGUGUGUGUGUGUGUGUGUGUGUGUGUGUGUGUGUGUGUGUGUGUGUGUGUGUGUGUGUGUGUGUGUGUGUGUUGAUAAGGUCUCUACAUUAUGGCUCUGAGGACCUAUCUAAUUUACUGAUGAUGAACUGAGGAACUUGUCUUUCAACUCCAAAAGCUGUGGUCACAGGAAGAGCAACUGAAUGAAUGGAGUGAAUGCGUCCUUGUUUGUCUUCAGUUUCCUUUAAUUUUCUUUUCAUUCUGUAGUCUUGUGGGAGAUUACGACAAAGCUGAAAGGAAAAAAAAACAAACACUUUAAAGAAUGCAAAUCACCUCUGCAAAAAAAAAAAGGUUUUGUCUGAAAGGAGAAAAACAAAGAAGUAUUGGACAGCUGCGAUUUCCUUGGAUUCCUAAGGUUACAUGAGUUUUGGGGUGUGUGUAUGGUGUGCCCCGUAGGCAAUGGCACAUUCAGACUGCUUGUUAGAUCACUGAUAAUGUUCUUUUUCUGUUCAUGUGUGUAUGUAUCGGGGAGGCACCCCAAAUUUGCGAUUAAAUCUUAAGGCCACA